CCUAAAGUACGUCCUCGUCAUCACAACGUUCAAUUGACGUGUCGUUCGUCGCUGGUAAGCACGCAGAUACAAUGAUGGCAGCAUUACGUGUUCUGCCUAUUAUCACAAUUUUUUGUUUGGGUGUGUCCACGGCCGAAGUGCUAGAAAAUGCAUUAUUGCCAGUUGCCAACAACACAGUUCCACAAACAGAUGAGAGAAUAAAUGCACACGCAAGUUACGAGCCGAGUACUUCACCAGUUUCCGAAAAUGUGAGGCCAAAUAAAAAUCAAGAAAAUUUAAAUCCUCAAAUUGAUGACCAUCCAGCCUUACCAGAAUAUCAAGAAAAGAGGGAGCAAAAAAUAGAUUAUAGACCAAUCCAACCAGCAGAUCAAUCAAACGUGGGGCCACAAAUUAGUUACUAUCCAAUUCCAAACGGAGAUCAAGGAAGGACGAACUCACAAAUCGAUUACCACCCAAUUCCACCGGCAGAUCAAGCAAAUGAGGUGCCACACAUCGGGUAUUAUCCAAUACCAAAUGAAGAUCAAGAAAAUACGAGGCCACAUAUUGGUUACUACCCAAUCCCAAAUGGAGAUCAAGAAAGCAUGAACCAACAAAUAGAUUACAACCCGAUUCCACCAGCAGAUCAAGCUAGUGUUGUGCCACACAUCGGGUAUUAUCCAAUUCCAAAUGAAGAUCAAGAAAAUACGAGGCCCCAUAUUGGUUACUACCCAAUUCCAAAUGGAGAUCAAGAAAGCAUGACUCAACAAAUAGAUUACCACCCGAUGCCACCAGCAGAUCAAGUUAAUGUGAGGCCUCACAUCGGGUAUUAUCCAAUUCCACAUGAAGAUCAAGAAAAUAUGAGGCCACACAUUGGUUACUACCCAAUUCCAAAUGGAGAUCAAGAAAGCAUGACCCAACAAAUAGAUUAUCAUCCGAUUUCACCAGCAGAUCAAGUUAAUGUGAGGCCACACAUCGGGUAUUAUCCAAUUCCACAUGAAGAUCAAGAAAAUACGAGGCCACACAUUGGUUACUACCCAAUUCCAAACGGAAAUCCAGAAAGCAUGAACCUACAUAUCAAUUACCACCCAAUCCCACCAUCAUAUCAAGAAAACAUUAGGCCACACAUUGGUUAUUACCCAAUUCCACAUGAAGUUCAACCAAAUAUUAGGCCUCACAUCGAGUUCUAUCCAGUCCCACCAUUUUAUCAAGAUAAUACGAUGUCAUACAUCAGUUACUACCCAAUAACAAAUGGAGACCAACAAAUCAUGAGCUCACAAGUCGAUCAAGAAAACGUGAGGCCACAUAUUGUUUUAUACCCAAUCCCUCCAGUAAAUCAAGAAAAUAUAAUGCCACACAUAGGUUACUACCCAAUCCCACACGAAGAUCUUAUAAACAUGAAUACACACAUUGAUUUCCACCCAAACUCACCAGUAGAUCAAGCAAAUGCAUGGCCACACAUCAGUUAUUACCCGAUUCCACCUGAAGACCAACCAAAUAUUAGGCCAUACAUAGGUUUUUACCCAGUUCCACAAGAAGGCCAAGAUAAUAUGAGGCCACAUAUAAGUUACUACCCAAUUCCACCAGCAUAUCCAAACAAUGUGAAACCACAAUUUAGUUACUACUGAAUUUAUUUAAAUAUACUAUUAAUUGCAAUUAGCAGACGCGGGAGCUCAUUUUACACAUAAAAAACUAUUUAGUGUAGUGAGAAUAGAAUAAAUUCACAGCAUCAAAUAAUUUUGAAACCUUGAUCUUGUAAUAAGAAUAACUAUACAUUUUAUUCCAAUUCUUAUAUGAAUAUAAUUUACUAGAAAGUGGAAAAAUUUCACCAAAAAUCUUUAAAAGUUAGCUAAUGAAGUUAUUGUAAACUAGUACAAACCACUAAUCACCACGUUGCCAUGCAAAUAAAGUAAGCUUUAUGUAAGCGUUUUCAAAAAAUUUUCCACCAUAUUAUAGAGUUUAGUUCAAAGCACUCAAAUGUGACUACAUGUUAGGUUUCAAGACACUGUGUACGAAGCUGCAGAUUCCUUACAUAUUUGGCUUACGUCAGGGGACAAUCAACUGUCGUAAUGUCUAAGUGCUCACUUUGCAUGACCAAUUGUUUUAGUCUGGAGGGGUAGCAGCCAUCCUUACUCAUGCAGUGCAGUCAAUUUGAAUACCUCAAAUUCCUCCGUAAGCCAAUCAGAGACUCUCAGAGAAACGAGGAUAAAAACACCUUUCCUCCCCCAUCAGCCAAUUACCGUCUACCGAAUGACCAACUAUUCUAUUGUAGUGUAGAGAGUUCCACAGUUCGAGUGUAAGCUGUUCAAGAGGCCCUUGUUUUACACAACAGAACCGGAGCUCUAAUUGAACUCAGAAAGGAAUGGCACAAGCUUCUAUGGACUAUUAGACUCAGUCUUGACAGAAAUUUUGCAGUCAAAAUGUUACUGCGAUAAAUGUUCCACUUUAAUCCUCAGAUCGUAAUAGUAUAAAUGCGCUACAUAGUUUUAUAAACAAUAUUGUGGCUCAUAUUUCUCUCUACAAACCACUGUAUCGACCAGUUGUGUUUAACUGUUAGUGUUUCUUUGCACAGUUUAAUUUUCAGUGUGUCAGAUUUUAAGUGUAGACUUUUUGAAGUAUUAAAUGUGACUGUACAAAAAUACCUGUAUGAAACCACAAGUAUUCGAUAUGAAUUGUGUUUAAUUAUAUGGUUUUGUUAGUAUUGAAUUAUUAAGAUAAAUUAAUUCAAAUAUAUAAUAUAAAUUUCAUAACUUCAUUUUAUUUUUAUUUAACUGUUUCACUCAAAAAAUUAUUAAAAUUUUUAUUGUAUUUUAUCUACAAAUUAAAAAGAAUUGUAAUUCCUUUAUAUUCCGUUAUACUAAGAAUGAAAACUGUAUGAAUUAAAUACAAUUUUUUCUGAAAAA